AUGGCGGCGGAGGCCAUCGUGGAGGCCAGCGAGGGCGGCAAGAAGAUGUGCGGCGAGGGCGCGCUGCGCAACUACCUCGACAAGUGGGACCGCAAGUACUGGGCCACCUACAAGGUGCUGGACAUCCUGCAGAAGGUCUUCUACCGCAGCAACCCCGCCCGCGAGGCCUUUGUGGAGCUCUGCGACGACGGCUACGUCCAGAAGAUGACCUUCGACUCCUACCUCUACAAGACCGUGGUGCCCGGCAACCCCCUGGACGACGUCAAGCUGCUGGUCCGCACCGUCACCAGCAUUGUGCGCGCCAACGCCCUGCGCAGCAAGGACAGCAACAGCGUCGACGUCAGCUUCGGCUCCAAGGCCAACGAGGAGCGCGUGGCCGCCGCCUAG